AUGGCCUCAAGAACAGGGAUUGACGAGGAAACUGGUGAUCAUAAAGGUAGUAUGUGGAAGUUGGAUCAGAAGCUUGAUCAACCAAUGGAUGAGGAAGCCAUGAAGCUUAAAAGUAUGUCUAGGAACAAGGAAAUUUCAACCCUAAUGCUUAUGCAACUUGCAUUCCAGAGUCUUGGAGUGGUCUAUGGAGAUUUAGGGACAUCUCCUUUGUAUGUUUUCUACAAUACAUUUCCUCACGGAAUUGCAGAAACAGAGGAUGUGAUUGGAGUUCUAUCGUUGAUUAUAUAUUCCCUUACUCUUGUUCCACUCAUCAAGUAUGUCUUCAUUGUGAGUAGAGCAAAUGAUAAUGGUCAAGGUGGAACUUUUGCUCUUUAUUCACUCCUCUGUCGACAUGCAAAAAUAAAGAAUUUCCCUAACUAUGACCGAACUGAUGAAGAGUUAACAACAUAUAGUCAUUCUUCAUUCCAUGAACAAUCAUUUGCUGGAAAAACCAAGAGAUGGCUGGAGAGACGAGCAUUUAGGAAGAAUGCACUUCUUGUACUUGUCCUUGUUGGAUCUUGCAUGGUGAUUGGUGAUGGGAUCCUCACUCCAGCUAUAUCAGUUCUAUCGGCUGUUGAUGGGAUUAACAUAGAUCACCCCAAGUUGAGUGAAGAUGCAGUCUUGAUCAUUGCCAUUGCUUUAAUAGUAGGUUUGUUUAGCAUUCAACACUAUGGUACAGAUAAAGUUGGCUGGCUCUUUUCACCAAUUGUGUUCCUCUGGUUUCUCUUAAUUGGAGGUAUUGGCAUACACAACAUUUGCGUGUAUGACAGCAGCAUCUAUAAAGCCUUUUCUCCAGUCUAUAUAUAUAGGUAUUUUAAAAGGGGAGGGAGAGAUAGCUGGGCAUCCUUGGGAGGUGUCAUGCUUAGUUUAACAGGCACAGAGGCACUUUUUGCCGACCUCUCUCAUUUCCCAGUUCCAGCCAUACAGAUUGCUUUCACGGUAAUUGUAUUUCCUUGCCUGCUGUUAGCCUACGCUGGACAAGCUGCCUACCUCAUGAAAAACUCAGACCACGUGGUUUCUGCAUUUUAUUAUUCUGUUCCAGGCAGCUUGUAUUGGCCAGUAUAUGUUGUUGCAACUGCAGCUGCAAUCAUUGCAAGCCAAGCCACCAUAUGUGCAACUUUUUCAUUGAUCAAGCAGGCUGUGGCACUUGGCUGUUUUCCAAGAGUCAAAGUUGUUCAUACAUCAAAGGAGUUCCUUAACCGGAUAUAUAUUCCCGAUGUUAAUUGGAUCCUCAUGAUUCUAUGCGUCACGGUGACAGCUGGCUUCAAAGAUCAAAACCAAAUUGGAAAUGCUUCUGGGGCAGCAGUUGUGUUAGUGAUGCUGGUAACCACAUUUCUUAUGAUUCUGAUCAUGUUAUUAGUAUGGCGUUGCCAUUGGAUGAUUGUCCUGAUCUUCACUGCCUUAUCACUGGCAGUGGAGUUGACAUACUUCUCUGCCCUAAUCCUCAAGGUCAAUCAAGGUGGUUGGGUUCCUCUUGUCAUUGCAGCAGCUUUUUUUAUCAUUAUGUAUGUUUGGAAUUAUGGUACAAUGAAACGCUACGAGUUUGAAAUGCACUCCAAGGUUUCAGUGGCAUGGAUUCUCAGGCUUGGCCCGAGUUUAGGACUGGUCCGGGUCCCCGGGGUCGGACUUGUGUACAGUGAGUUAGCAAGUGGAGUGCCACACAUUUUUUCCCACUUAAUCACCAACCUACCUGCCCUCCAUUCUGUUGUUGUUUUUGUUUGUGUGAAGUACCUUCCUGUGUACACAGUCCCAGAAGGAGAGAGAUUCCUUGUGAAGAGGAUAGGAACCAAGAAUUUCCACAUCUUCCGUUGUGUUGUGAGAUAUGGCUAUACCGACCUCCAUAAGAAAGAUGAUGAUUUUGAGAGUAAGCUUUUUGAUAACCUCUUCAUGUUUGUCCGCCUUGAGAGCUUGAUGGAUGGGUGUUCAGACAUAGAUGAGCAUGGUUUAUAUGAGCAGGAAACUGAGUCAAGAGAUGAAAAUGGCAAUGAAUCUCACUUCAAUGUGAAUCCCAACAUUUCAUCAGCAGACUCGAUCUUGCUUGUUGACUCUCCAUUGCAUACAAACAAUACUGUCAUGUCUUCAAGUCAGACAAGCAAACAGAGCGAGGUUGAUGAGAUAGAGUUCUUGAAAAGCUGUAGAGUCGCUGGGGUGGUGCAUUUAAUGGGGAACACAGCAGUGAAGGCUAGGAGCGGAUCAAAAUUCUACAAGAAGAUAGCCAUAGAUUAUAUAUAUGAGUUUCUCAGGAAAAUGUGUAGGGAUAACAGUGUGAUCUUCCAUGUUCCUCAUGAGAGUCUCUUGAAUGUUGGGCAGGUAUGCUAUGUAUAACAUUUUUGUGCCAUGACUGGGAAGAAGAGUUGACUUCCAGCUCUUAGUCAGUGCCUAUAUCACA